AUGUCAGAAAAGGUGAAUAAAACGUCGUCAGUAUCUUUAAGUGAAAUUUUGUGUGCAUUUGAAAAACAAUUCGGCUUUAAAAAUAAAAUAAAGUGGGCGAGUGCUGUUCCAAUAGUUUUAUAUCACAUACUUGCAAUUUAUUGGUGUUACCAUUACAGUUUACCUGUAAAAUGGCAGACAGUAUUUUUCGCUUCUAUCAUGUAUAUUUUGAGCGGUUUUGGUAUCACGGGUGGUGCACAUCGAUUAUGGACCCAUAAAGCUUACAAAGCAAAGUUACCCAUGAAACUCUUUCUCCUCGCUUGUUUCGCCAGUGCUGGUCAGAAUUCUUUAUACCAAUGGGUGCGCGAUCAUCGAGUCCAUCACAAAUACAGCGACACAGAGGCCGACCCUCACAACGCAAACAGAGGUCUUUUCUUUUCUCACAUAGGAUGGCUAAUGAUGAAAAAAAAUUCUGAAGUAAUUCUCCGUGGCCAACAAAUGGACAUGAGUGAUAUUGAAGCGGAUCCUGUGCUUAGACUUUACAACAAGUACUUCAAUUACUUCAAGAUAAUGUUUUGCUACGUAAUACCAACUGCAAUGACUAUAUGGUUGUGGGGAGAGAACUGGCGCUGCGCUGUGGCUUGGCAAUGCUUCAUACGAUUCCUGAGCAUGUUCCACAGUGAACUCACAGUUAAUAGCUUAGCACAUGCCUAUGGAUACAGACCUUAUAAUAAGAAUAUAGUCCCGAGAGAAAACCGUUUUGUUGCGACAUGCACAUUUGGAGAGGGAUGGCAUAAUUACCACCAUGCUUUCCCUUUUGAUUAUAAAGCUGCCGAACAUUUUGAUACAUUUAAUUUAUGCACUACGUUUAUACACAUUUUUAAAAAAAUUGGAUGGGCAUAUGAUCUCCGUGAAGCGACGCCUGAAAUGAUUAACGGAAUAGCAAAAAGACUGGGUGAUGGAACUCCUGUGCAUUUUCCUAUGCCAAUACAAGCUGAAAACAAGACGACCGAGCGAAAAAAGUAG